AUGUAUUUCGAUAUUCCACGUGCAGGCAGCAGGACGUUCAACUCACUCACACAAGACCUCGUCACCAAUGCAAUUGCCAGCUCCCCCGAUGGAGGCCUGACCAUCGUUCUAUCCAAACUCGAUUUAUCAGAUGUCCCAGUGGAUGCUGUUUACCUUCUCGCCAGGACGGGCAAGACCAAACCCGACGAUGAUUGCACUAUCGAGCGGUAA